CAGUGGAAGCUGAAGGCUGCAGCUGCUCUGUAUAUUCUUGGCUCAGUGGUAUCAGGACUGUGAAAUUUUAGACGCAGAAGUAGCACCAUGGCUCCUUAUCACAUCUGCACAUACCAGGAGAGUGACCGAAAAACAGUCGUGCACUUGUAUGGCAGUAGUUUGACUGAGCAUACCCCUACCACCUUCAAAUACCUACUGAAGCAGCCUGGAAUGCUACUGCUGGAGCUUGGGAUGCCCCUGUCCUUACUUUUGGUCUCUGGCUCCUGGCUGUUCACUAUCAUGGCCAGCCUCACUUUGCUCAUCUUCUUGUGGUUCCUUAUCAGAUUCAUGUGGCAGCAAUUUCUGGUCAUCGCUUUGCGCACUGACCUGGCCGACAUCACCAAAACCUACCUGAGUGUAUCUGACUCCUGUUUCUGGGUUGCCAAGUCUGGGGGGCAGGUGGUGGGCAUUGUGGGUACUCUGCCCGUGAAGAAUCUCCCACCAGGGAAGAAGCAGUUGCAGCUGUUUCACCUCGCAGUGGACAUGGAGCACCGAGGCAUGGGGAUGGCAAAAGCCUUGGUCAGGACUGUCCUCCAGUUUGCCCGGCACCAGGGCUGUAGUGAGGUUUUGGUUGAGACAACACUGAUACAGUAUCAUGCCCAGGCCCUCUACCAGGGCAUGGGUUUUCAGAAGACAGGCCAUUAUUUUGCGAACAUGUUCUGGAAGCUAGCAGGUAUUCCUAUGAUUAAGUUCAUGCACCACCUCCCAUCUGCUCAGGAUGGGAGCCUCUGA